UUGAUUGUAUACACCUGUGUCCAUGGAGGGGAUUGGAACACCUGAAUCACAUGAUUUGGAGGGGAUUGGAACACCUGAAUCACAUGAUUUGGAGGGGAUUGGAACACCUGAAUCACAUGAUAUGGAGGGGAUUGGAACACCUGAAUCACAUGAUAUGGAGGGGAUUGGAGCACCUGAAUCACAUGAUAUGGAGGGGAUUGAACACCUGAAUCAUAUGAUAUGGAGGGGAUUGGAACACCUGAAUCACAUGAUUUGGAGGGGAUUGGAACACCUGAAUCACAUGAUAUGGAGGGGAUUGGAACACCUGAAUCACAUGAUUUGGAGGGGGAUUGGAACACCUGAAUCACAUGAUUUGGAGGGUGGGGACAGUACUUUGGGCGAUAUUGUGUAUCUUUGGAUG